AAUACGUCGCCUUUUUUAUUAUCAAUCUAUUCCUCAAAUACGUCCUCGUUUUUAAUAUUAAAGCUAGUUCUUAUUUUUAUUAUCGAGCUAGUCCUCAAAUAUCUUCUGAUUUUAUUAUCGACAAUGUCCUAAAGUACUUCCUCUUUUUAUUAUCGUUCUAGUCCUUAAAUACGUUCUUAUUUUUAUUUUAAAACUUCUCAAAAAUACGUCCUCAAUUUUAGUAUCGAGCCGUUCUUUAAAUUUGUCCUUAUUUUAUUAUUUAGGUAGACCUUUCUUCGUCAACAAGAAUUGCACGUUUUAUAUUUUUUUCUAUUUUUCCCUGUGUCUUUAUUUCUUUCUCCUUCUUUUACUUCAAGAGCCUGUCAAUUUUUAGCCAUUUAAUUAUCAAAGACAUUUUUUUAUUUCUACUAUUUUAGAUCUUACACUGCAAAAAGAAGUAUCCUAAUUUAAGAUGUUUUGGUAGAAAUUUUUUUUGUUUCUUUAAAUAUCUUAAUUUAAGAUGUUUAAAGUAUCUUCGUUACGCAUUUUUAGCAUAUUUUUUUGAAAAAAGUUUUGAGGUUAACUUUGGACUUAUAUGUAAAAUACUUCACGAAUCUUAGUUUUUAGUGAAUUACAUUUAUUUUUCAUCUUACAAUUCACAACUAACUUAUCGCUAAACAUCUUAUUGCACCAGAAAUAUCUUAAUUUAAGAUAUUUUAAUUAACUAGCUGAAGAAACUUACAUUUCUGAGAUGGGAAAAAUAUUUUUAUCACUGUUAAAAUAUAUAAAGCAUCUUAGAUUUCUAUAAGAUACUUUAGAAAACAUUUUAUUUUAAGGUGUAAGAUACCAUUUUUCCAUCUUUCAUUUUAUUUUUAGAUAUUUAAAAAGACACCUAUUUCUGCAAUGCACUUCAAACAUUCAAUUAUUAUCUUUAAAAAUAACAAAAUUCUUUACAAAAUUUGAAUUAUGUUCCUAAAAGAACAAAAUUCCCCUUUUCUUUCUCUAGAGUGGUUAAAAUAAAUGACAUAGUUAGACUGUUUAGGAUGAAUUUUUCACAAGCUUUACUGAAGAUUUUAUGGAUAUAUUAUCAAUUCUAUGGAUUUAAAAAUUUUUUUAAAGAAACAAAUUAUCUAAAAUUAUCAAGAAUAAUUUUUGUAAUUUUAAUAAUCUAAAAUAAAUUUAGAUAUCAAAUUACUGGAAAAAAAUUGGUACCCCUGAACAAAGCAAAUAUAAAUAAAAGCACAAAAGGAACUCCGCUAAACGAUUUAGAGGAAAGAUUGUUGCCAUUAAUAUAAAGCGAAAAAAAGGAUAGCGCAAAUAAUUCAACAAGUAUUGUCAUAAAAAGAGAGCGGAAAUCACCGUUAAUUAAAAGGGCUACUUUGCUCCAUGUCAUCAGGAGAUGAAUCUGAUUCAUUUGAAUCACCACCAUCAAAACAAGUAAAGACUAUCAUCAGUGGCCAGCAACCUGCUCGAAAACUACUACCGAAGAGUGGUGGAAGUGUUCUCCUCGACAAGCUGAAAAAGUUAUCAACGCAGUCGUCAACGUCACCAGAAACGUCAAGACCAUCUUCCUUUUCAUACCAAAAUCGAGAUAUGACUGCAGAAUUGAGGGCAAUGCAUGAGGAAAAUUUGGCAGUUUUAAAAGAAAUUUCUUCAACCCUGUCAAAUAUUUUAUUAGUUUCACUGGAAACCCUUGAAGUUUUAAAGCAAGCCAGUGUGGAGGGCAAAAAAAUUUAAUUACUUUUACAUUAAU